GUGUAUACAGCAGAUUUUGUUUCGUGAAAUGUUCAUCCGUUUCAUUGAACGCUCUCAACGCACACGCCGCGUGUUGCCGUGAUGCUAGAUGCACAGCUGCUCAUCCGCAGCAAUUCGUCGUUCUUCUUUCUGUGUUGUUUUGAUUUUUGACGCUUGUACAGAGUAACAGGUCAGUGCUAUUAAAUUGUAUUCUUGAAAAACUUAAAGGUCAUACCAGCUUAGCCAGCUGUCCAUACUUUUGAUGCUAAUUAACUUGCGGCGCAGCAAAUGGAACAUAUAACUAGAUGAUGCAUGAAACACGUUCACUGGAGUUAUUAACUCUGGAGUUAUUGUUCGCUCUUCAUGGAAAUGUUUCUGAAAGAGGUCACAUUGUGCACAUCUUGGGCUAUGACAGAGAAGAAGGCACGAUCAGAAAGUGCUUUCCACCUAGCACUCUUGACAGGAUAGCCAUUCACGAUACCUUUCGCUCGCCGGACAAAUGCAGUCCUUCAAUGUGGGUCGAAAGGCUCAGCAAGGAGAAGGAACCAUUUACACUGGUCAUUGACUCACUUUCGACAGCCCUCAUUUAUCACCCAUUUGACGAUGUCUACAUGGGCCUCCUGUGCCUGCUGCGAAGGAUAAAAUCUUUGCAGAUGAUUGUGGCUCUUCUCCACACUGACGUGCACGAGGAACACGAGGUCGACAAGUUGUGCCACCUUGCCGCCACCACCUUGACGCCGUAUGCACAUGACAGUGUAGGCACACUUGGAUGCAAGAUUGUUCACAAAAAGCCCAGUGGACGUGUCGUGAGGGAUGAUGAAGAGUUUGUUCUCAAGCCAGACCUGUCCAUCACUGACAUCAAGAAAGUAGCUCAAAAACAGGAUGCAAAACCUUUUGUGCAGCAGCCUGAUCCUACGGCCAACCUUACCUUCAACCUUCGACUCAGUGAAGAAGAGAAAGCAGCCAAGGAUAACCUGGUGCUGCCAUAUAUCAAGAAACCAUCUUCCAGCACUGGAAAAGGGGAGAUCACUUAUGUCAUGGAAAGGGAAGAUGACUUUGACGAAGAAGAUGAUCCGGAUGAUGACUUGAACUUCUGAUUGCCAUACAUUGUUUCGUAUUUAUGUAAAUAGAUAACGCUGAUUUUAUACCUGC